AUGUGGUGUAUCUACACGGGCCAUCUCUCCGGGACUUUGUCCUUUUACGGUCAGACAAUGGUUGUCGCAGGUAAACUGGCAACAUUUCGCCUCCCUCCUUUACCAACUGUGAGUGAACUGAUCAAACUGUACAACCUACGCGCUGUGAAGCAGCUCUCCCAAAACUUUCUGCUGGAUCUGCGGCUCACAGAUAAGAUAGUACGUCAAGCUGGCAAGUUGAAGGGGGCCCACGUCUGUGAGGUAGGCCCGGGUCCUGGAGGUUUGACUAGAUCCAUUCUCAAUGCCGGGGCUUCAGACCUGCUGGUUGUGGAGAAGGAUUCUCGCUUUAUCCCUGGACUAAAAUUGUUGUCUGAGGCGGCUCCUGGAAGAUUACGAGUAGUUCAUGGCGACAUUCUCACCUACAGAAUGGACAGAGGGUUUCCAGGAAUUCUCUGUAAGCAAUGGGAGGAAGAUCCUCCAAACCUCCACAUUAUUGGAAAUCUUCCUUUUAAUGUAUCAACGCCUCUCAUUAUCAAGUGGCUGGAGCAUGUGGCAAACAGAACAGGGCCUUUCAGCUAUGGACGCACUCAACUCACACUCACUUUCCAGAAGGAGGUUGUCGAGAGGCUAACAGCCAGCACAGGGAGCAGACAAAGGAGUCGUCUGUCCAUCAUGUCCCAAUACCUCUGCACAGUGCACAGCUGUUUUACCAUUCCUGGUCGUGCCUUUGUCCCUAAACCAGAGGUAGGUUACACAUAA